AUGGCCGACGUGGAGGACGGAGAGGAGCCCAGCGCGCCGGCCUCACAUUCAGGCGGCUCGGGCUCCAAGGCCUCCGGCGACAAGAUGUUCUCCCUUAAGAAGUGGAACGCGGUGGCCAUGUGGAGCUGGGACGUGGAGUGCGACACGUGCGCCAUCUGCGGGGUCCAAGUGAUGGAUGUCUGUCUUAGAUGUCAAGCUGAAAACAAACAAGAAGAUUGUGUUGUGGUCUGGGGAGAGUGCAACCUUUCCUUCCAUAAUUGCUGCAUGUCCCUGUGGGUGAAACAGAACAAUCGAUGCCCUCUGUGCCAACAGGACUGGGUUGUCCAGAGAAUAGGCAAAUGAAAGUCCAGGGCUUCAUUGAGUGCUGGGGUCUGAGGACCUGAGUGUGUCAUGUAAGGAAUAGAGCACUCCAAAGAUGGCAUCA